AUGGUUGCCUCCUCCAACAUGUUCCUUGGCACUGCCGCCACCCUCAUCGCCUCUUCGACUGCCUUCGUCGCACCGAUGGCCGUGCGAUCUGCGGCGCCCGCGUCCUCAGCUUCGGCCCUCAAGAUGAGCGCUGGAUCGGACUACGUUGCAACCCUGCCGGGAGCUCCCUUCGGCGAUGGAAAGAUCUUCGACCCCCUCGAGCUGUCCGAUGGCGCUGAACCUGGAGAGAUCAAGCUCUGGCGUGAGGCCGAAAUCAAGCACGGGCGUGUGGCUAUGCUCGCGACGGUUGGCGUCAUUGUGGCGGAGCAAUACCACCCUCUCUUCAUGGGCCCCGACUACAUCGGCCCUGCAGUGGACCACUUCCAGGAGAUCAGCGCGCAAUUCCCCGAGUUCUGGGCUUUCUCCCUGCUCGGCAUGGCCUUCAUCGAGUACAACACCAUCACCAAGGCAUAUGCUGAGCCCAGCCCCGUUACCGGUGAGGGUGGCCUCAGGGAUGAGUACAGCCCGGGAGACCUUGGCUUCGACCCCCUCAACCUCAAGCCUAAGGACCAGGCGGGCCUGGAGAAGAUGCAGACCAAGGAGCUUAACAACGGGCGCCUCGCCAUGAUCGGCAUCGCCGGCAUGUUGGUGCAGGAGCUGGUCAACCCGGCCGACAUCCUCGGCUAAACGGAAUGGGAGGAACGGGGUCGCUUUUGCGGCCAAGCCUGACCGCAAAUCGGUCUGUACAUAGAAGGGAGACAGCCCAACAAACGUGCCGUGUACUGCUGCGUUGCAUACAUACGUGUUCGUUCCUUGAGAGAACGAAUUAAUGGGUGUUAGCACUGCACUGGUCAAAUACAACAAGGAAAGAACGGAUGCACGUGUGUCUGUUGGAUGUCUUUUUUCUUUUCAGUACAUGGUGACCCUCCACGUGUAACGAACCCUGAAGAGAUUUCGGCUGGUUCUUUUGGCUGACGUGGCGACUUCCGUGGGUUCAUUUCGUAUAUUUAGUUGGUCAAAGAAAACACAUGAUGCUUCCUUGAAACACACCUGUAGUUUGAAACGUUUUUUACUCGUUCAGUCCUUGUUGAUGGCAUAUCCUCGGUUUUCACAGUAAAAGAAGGGGGCCCAGAAGGCUGAGGGGUCGUGUUAUCUGACCGGAUGCAUUUUUAAUAACGUGCCAGCAGACGCGCGAGAUUGUCAUACACCCGCUCUGGCCCUCUUGUGGAAGACAUGGUCUUAAGCCUGAUUUGAAUGGAGUGUAGUCAAUAGUUCGCACGUGCCUCCUGCGGUGCGCUUUCUCCGACAGGGACUUAGACCUGUGACGGAGACACAACACUCCGUAGACUGAUUCGAGUGGUAGUGUCGCGGCGGAGGGAACGAUAUGAGUGGUGACUGGCGGUGUGGGCAUGUAGAGGUUUCAGGUCUGUCGGGUGACUUUCCCCGAGAAAAGAAAGAGGCAAUAUUCUGUUGAAAAGAUGAUACAUCCGUUAAGUUCGCUGCUG